GCCCAACCUUGGAAAGCGUGCCGGCCGCGUCCCUGCUGCGGACCUUAUCACCGAUAGGCUCGCUGGCCAGCCACACCACAAGCGCAACAUCAUCUUUUGGCUGUCCUUUCGCUUUACGCCUCCCAAUUGAACCCGCCCCUCCUUUGCGCAACCAGGCACCAUGGAGGAGGAACAGUCUGCCGCCAUCCAUUCGAUUGACGAGCCUGGUCUCCGUGCCGAGGGCGACGUGCUGCGUGGCAUGCGCCAGGAGGUCGCCAGGCUCCUCCAGCGCAACAGUCCAGGCUUCCCCGGCGCGCAGCCGGUCAGCUUCGCCCGAAAGCACAUCGAAGAGCUCCAGCGCGAAGACUACUACCUCUGCGAAAAGUCCGACGGCAUCCGCUACCUCCUCUACGCGACAGAGGACCAGGGCAACGAGAUCCACUACCUCAUCGACCGCAAAAACGACUACUACUUUGUCAACAACGGUAACCUCCACUUCCCCCUGCCCAACAAGGAGCAGGAGUUCCAUAGAGACACCAUCCUCGACGGCGAGCUCGUGGUCGACACACUGCCCAAUGGCAAGACCCAGUUCACCUUCCUCGUCUUUGACUGCCUCGCACUCGACGGCCAGAUUCUCAUGUCGCGCGACUUGUCUAAACGCCUGGGCUACUUUCGAGAGAACCUCUUCGUGCCAUACAAGUCUCUCUUGGCGAAGUACCCGGAAGAACGCCAGUAUCAGCCAUUCUUUGUCGAGAUGAAGGACAUGCAGCUACCUUACGGCAUCGAGGCCAUGUUCAAGGAUAUGAUCCCAAAACUACGGCACGGCAACGACGGGCUCAUCUUCACCUGCCUGAAGAGCGAGUACAAGCCAGGCACUGACCCACACAUUCUCAAGUGGAAGGAUGCGGACGAGAACAGCAUCGACUUCAAGUGGCGCCUAAGCUGGGACAAGAUCGAGCCAGACGCAAUCGAUCGCGCCGAGGGCAUCACAGAACCAUACACAGACUGGGAAGCCAUCCCGCACGUCGAGCUCCUGGUGUUCCACGGAGGCCAAGGUGGCUAUCAGCCCUUUGCUGAGAUGCACCUGGAGGAAAGCGAGUGGGAGACGUUGAAGUCGUUGGGCGACCCUCUGAACGACCGAAUUGUAGAGGCAUACAUGGACGAGCAGAAGCGGUGGCGCUUCUCGCGCUUCCGGGACGAUAAGACCGACGCCAAUCACAUUUCGACCGUUAACAGCGUGAUCGACAGUAUUCGCGAUGGCGUCACAAAGGACGAUCUCCUGGCGGCGGCUGCGAGCAUCCGGCAACACUGGAAGGCGCGGCAUUGAUCUCUUGCAAGGAAGGAUGGCAUCCCGGACCACGGCGUAUAAGGAGUUGGGUGUUUAAAAGGGCACACCAGUUUGUUCAGGAUACCCACAUGGCAUGUUUUACAGCAUCAAAUUAUAGCAAUGAGGCCGCAAGAUGGCCUCUGUGCAGGCUUUAACGUACAUGCUAUGACCACGCACUCUUGAACAGGGACGCAAGAGACGCCGUAUGCUUCCGACUCCUAGGAUGACGUCCAUUUCCGUCCUCGUACGAAACACCUUCUUUCUUGUUGUUGCUGAG